UAUUCUGAUGGUAUUAUGUUACCUUUUUCAUAAAAGGAAAGGAAUCCUACUUUCAGAGAAUUGUGUUACCUACUUAUCCAUAAAGAAAAGAAUAAAAUCAGAAAAAUAUUUGAUGCCCAAUCCAAUUCCGUUCCAAUCUAUAUACCGAGUACACUUGCACAGACAGCAGGAAAACACACAGCGUCGCCAACUUUCGCGCACUAGCUCUUUACGGAGUCCACACACACAUAAUCUAGGGUUUAGGCCGUCUCGCUUCCGCUCUCCGGUGACUUCCCUGGUGAUUGGCGUUCUGAAUAUUAAGUAAACAGCUGGUGCAAGUCGUGUCACUGUAAGAAGCGAAUGGCAUCUUCAGAUGAUGAGGGUGAACUUGUGCCACAUACUGUCUCGAACUACCACUUUGUUGAUGACAAGGAUGAGCCCAUUUCAUUUGCAGAGUUGCCAGUUCAAUGGAAUAAGGGUAAGAGCCCAGAUGGCAAGAGAAAGCAAAUAUUCUUGCAUGGGAUUACUGAUAAUGGGCUUCAGAAAAUAUAUAAGCAAGUCACAGCAUGGAAGUUCGAUCUUUCAGAUGCAAAGCCAGAGAUAUCGGUGCUAUACAAAGAACAUAAUUGGAUCAAGCUUCAAAAGCCAAGAAAGAGUUUCCAGGAUACUAUUAGGACUAUCUUGAUCACUAUUCACUGCUUGCACUUCGUGAAGAAAAAUCCAGAAACAUCUGGGAGUUCUUUUUGGAAUCAUUUGUCUAAAGUUUUCAGCUUUUAUGAUACCAGACCUUCUGAGACUGAUCUGGUGGAUCACAGUACUUUGAUCAGUGAAGCUGUUAAAAAAGACCAAAGUUUAGCAAAGUUCAAGUUUUUAGUUCCAUUUUUUGAGGAGAAGCCCAGAAAGAGGACAGCUGUUGAUGAGGAUGUUGGAACUACAGCAAAGUCUGGGUUUGUAGUUGAUGAUGAUGAGAUGAUGGACGAAGCUGAGGAAAAUGAAUCAGAUGAAGAAAGUGACCUGUUUGAUUCUGUUUGUGCAAUUUGUGACAAUGGUGGUGAUCUUUUGUGUUGCGAAGGGAGGUGCAUGAGGUCAUUUCAUGCAACUGUAGAAGCUGGUUCUGAAUCAAAGUGUGAAUCUCUCGGCUUUUCUGAUGAACAAGUAGAAGCAAUACAAGAUUUUUUCUGUAAGAAUUGUCAAUACAAGCAGCAUCAGUGCUUUUCUUGUGGUGAAUUAGCCUCUUCUGAUAAAUUGUCUGGUGCUGAGGUAUUUCCCUGUGUUUCUGCAACAUGUGGCCGUUUUUACCAUCCACAUUGUGUUGCAAAACUGCUCCACUGUGAUAGUGAAACUGACGAAGAAGGGCUUCAGAAAAAGAUUGCUGCAGGGGAAUCUUUCACUUGUCCUAUCCAUAAAUGCCAUGUCUGUAAGCUGGGAGAAAAUAAGAUGGAUCCUGAAUUGCAAUUUUGUGUUUGUAGACGUUGUCCGAAAUCCUACCACAGAAGAUGCUUGCCUAGGAAGAUUGCUUUCGAAGAUCUGGAGGAUGAAGGCAUCAUACAAAGGGCUUGGGAAGGUCUUAUCCCCAACCGUAUUCUGAUUUAUUGCUUAAAACAUGAGAUUGAUGAUGAAUUUAUGACUCCUAUCCGAAACCACAUUAAAUUCCCAAAAGUGGCAGAAAAGAAGAAAAAUCGAGCCUCAGCACCGCUCUCAAGCAGAAAGAAGUUAGCGUCAAAGGGGGGAAGUCUGGCUUCAGAAGAUGCUCCUAGGAAUAAAGCUGUUGAGAAGGCAACUGAAGGAUUUGAAGAAUUGUCUUCUGCUAUUAAGGAGGGCAAUUCUUCCAAAAAGAGGGAGAGAAGAUCAAGUGGACCUGAAUCCUUGAAGAAACAGAAAGUAAUGGAUACUUCCAGAAAGCCUUCAAACAAGACUGCCUCUGUGAAAGUCAGCAAGGCCACUACUGAUGAAAGCGGGAUGGAGGACAAACCUGAUAGUGAAUUCGAGCGGACCCCUACUGCUAAGCUUGUUGCAAAGGAAACAUUCAGUUCACUACCUCUAGAUGCUGAUACAAAGAGGAGAAUAAUGGCUUUAAUGAAAGAUGCGUCAUCUUCAAUAACACUGGAACAGAUCAUCAAAAAGCACAAAAUGCCAAUAACCCAUGCAUGCUCAUCAAACUAUCUUGUGGAUAAAGCUAUUACCUUGGGAAAGGUGGAGGGUUCUGUAGAGGCUCUUCGUGCAGCUCUACAGAAGCUAGAAGAAGGGUGCAGUAUUGAAGAUGCAAAAGCUGUUUGUGAGCCUGGGCUUCUGAACCAGAUAAUUAAGUGGAAGAACAAGCUAAAGGUGUAUCUUGCACCAUUUCUCUAUGGCAUGCGCUACACGUCUUUUGGUCGCCUUUUCACAAAAGUGGAGAAGCUAAAAGAGAUUGUUGAUAUGCUGCAUUGGUAUGUACAAGAUGGCGACAUGAUAGUUGACUUCUCUUGCGGGGCUAAUGAUUUCAGUUGCCUUGUGAAAAAGAAGCUCGAUGAGACAGGAAAGAAUUGCUCCUACCAGAACUACGACAUUUUACAGGCCAAGAAUGAUUUCAAUUUUGAGAAGAGGGACUGGAUGAGCAUCCAUCCAAAGGAAUUGCCAAUGGGGUCACACUUGAUCAUGGGGUUAAAUCCUCCUUUUGGAGUUAAUGCAACCCUCGCAAACAAAUUUAUAGACAAGGCACUUGAGUUUAAGCCCAAGCUUCUUAUUCUUACUGUUCCACGUGAGACAGAAAGGUUGGAUAAGAAGAAACCUCCUUAUGAUCUGGUGUGGGAGGAUGAUGAGUUGCUUGCAGGCAAGGCAUUUUAUUUACCUGGAUCUGUUGAUGUGAAUGACAAAAACGUGAAUCCACCACCACUCUAUCUUUGGAGUCACCCUAACUGGACUGCUAAGCACAAGGCAAUUGCCAAACAGCAUGGCCACACGUCCAGGAUAAGAGAGGAGUCGCCUUUGGAGGAAAAUCACGAGGCACUCUACAAUGAUUACCCAUUGGAACAUCAUGGGCCUAAUGAUGAAAUGCACAUGCUGAUAGAUUAUCAUCUAGUCCAAAAUGAAGGAACAGAACAGGUGCAACAAAGAGGAGCAAGUGUGACUGAAAGUCGUAAAGAAGGAUUUACUAUCAACAACGGUGAGAGGGAAGGCAAUGCGAAUCACGGAGCAUUGUUCAAUGAUUACCCAUUGGAACAUCAUGGGCCUAAUGGUGAAACGCCCAUGCUGAUAGAUUAUCAUCCAGUUCAAAAUGAAGAAACAGAACAGCUGCAACAAAGAGGAGCAAAUGUGACUGAAAGUUGUAAAGAAGGAUUUACUUGCAACAAUGGUGAGAGGGAAGGCAAUGAGAAUCAUGACCAGGGGAAGAAUCAAUCUAGUGAGAAUGCUGAAAAGAGGCAACAUGAUAAAGGAUCAGGUGAGACAACACUAGAAGAUAGACAAAAUGGUAGAAGUUCUCCUGUGAGCAGGAUGAACAAUGGAAUGUCUCACCGUUCCCCAACCAAGGUGACUGGUGACAAAUCAUUGGAUGCUAACCAGUCCAAUUUUCUCGAGACAUCAUUGCAUGCAGAGGUUGGCAAAGAAGGUUACCGGCAUCCUCCCAAUCACAGCAGUGCAGAACCAGGUACAGAGUCUCAAAUGGGAUAUGGUGGGACGCAGGCUGAUGAUUUGGCAAGGAGAUCAAGCUUGAACAGUCAGGAGACUCAUUCAGGUGUGAUCCAGAGAUGGUCCAGCAGUGCUAGUCCUGGUUGUGAUCAUGAGUUUAGAAAUUCAGAGGUGCAUAUUCCAGGCCACCGGAGAGAGCAUACACACAGCCAUGGUUAUAGAUCCUACAUGAGCAAGAUGGAUGAGAAGCUUGGAUGGGAGUCAGAGAUAAGGUCACAGGUUCAACUUUCUGGGCAACAAGAUCCCGACUCUUGGAGUCAAAGAAGCACCUAUUACAGUAGGAUGAAUGCUUCUACAAUGCAGCGACAUGCACCUCAAGUGGAAGAAUUAAAUCAUACAAGGACGAACAGUCCUAGGUUUGAGCCACCUUCUGUGAGUAGAAAUGGUAUCGAUGAUCCUCUAGCUCGUGGAUCAAGAUUUCAAGCUGACUCGUUUGGCUUUGCACCUGGCCCUUGUCGGUUCUUGUCGCCGCAUAACACAAAUGGCUGGCUUGAUGAGUAGAAGUUUAGCAUAUGCUCUUACCCCAUAAUUUAUCCCUGCUGAUCAAAUUUUGCAUUAGAUUAUCAAAGUGGAAAGUUUAUAAGAGUGUAUAGUUCUCGUCCAUUUAUUAGUGAACCUAUUGUAGAACUGUAUAGAUGUUCAAUAUUCCUGCCUUGAACCUAAAAUCAUGAUGAUGUGAAUUAACGGACUGAUUUAUGAUGGAGCGUGACUUUUUGAGCUCUCCAUCUUUAUUUGUAUGUGACACAUUGACUAGGGCAAUGCAUUUUAUACGUUACAAGUA